CUUAGACGACCCAGGAAGAUAAUAUAUUGCGUACAGCCCCAGGACUUACCGUGGAUUUUUCACCCAGGACUUUGCAAUUUGGUUCAAGGACGCUGUCCCCCGUAGAGAAGGCCGUUUUUCUCAUUCCUUUCCUUAUCUGUCACUCUUAGAAUCCAGUUUCCCGGCAUUUUCUUACCAGGAGAGGACCUCGUAAUCUGUCGCAUACGAUGCAUCAUGUGGCAGCGUACGGAUAUCCCACGCCUCCGGCAUCGCCGUCCUACGACAACAACAAGUGCACCUUUCAACAGUCACCUCUCCCAAUCCCGCCAGUUUGCCAACCUCGAUACACCCCAGUUGCCCCAGAGGCAAGACUAGGAAAGUUCCUUGGAGAUAGCCUGCAAUUAAUAGGAAUAAUUGGAACCGGUGCCUAUGGCGUGGUAUACCUCGCGGUCGACGUCAAGACAGGAAUUCGGUAUGCGGUAAAGACGCUCAGCAAGUUUAACGCAGACGGCUCUCCUCUGGAUCAACGACAAAUCUCAUUCCAACACCGAGAAUUACGUUUACAUUAUCUAGCUUCGGCACACCCCAACGUUGUUUCCAUGCACAAGAUUGUUGACGACCCGGAUUGCAUAUAUGUUGUCCUGGAGUACUGCCCGGAAGGUGACCUUUUCCUCAAUAUCACGGAAAGAGGACAAUAUGUUGGUAAGGAUGAAUUAGCCAAGAGCGUGUUCCUUCAAAUCCUGGACGCUGUUGAGCAUUGCCAUAAGCUGGGCAUCUACCACCGCGACCUCAAGCCGGAGAACAUUUUAGUUUCGAACCGGGGAGACACGGUGAAGCUGGCGGACUUCGGCUUAGCUACCUCAUCUGAUCGGUCCGAAGACUACGGUUGCGGAUCGACCUUUUACAUGUCACCAGAAUGCCUGGACCCGUCAUCCCGAAGGCCAUUUUAUUACUGCGCCCCAAAUGAUGUAUGGAGCCUUGGUGUUAUCCUGGUGAACUUGACCUGUGGCCGUAACCCAUGGAAACAGGCCUCUUUUGAAGAUUCCACAUACCGUGCCUUCACCAGGAGUCAGGAUUUCUUAAGGACCAUCUUACCAUUGUCGGAUGAACUCAACAAUAUCUUAGGACGGAUCUUUACCCGCAACCCUGAUCACAGAAUUACGUUACCAGAACUUAGGAACAGCAUCCUCGCUUGUUCCAAAUUUACGAUAUCUCCUACGGCAGCUCCUCAGCAGGUCUUGCCGACCCCGCCCACCUCACCUGGGCCUAUCGAAUACGUUGAUUGCGAAGACGCGAUUAUUGAGGACUUGGCAUAUGACGCACCACAAUCACCCGCCUCUUCCACCACCACCGACUCCGAUAUGGAGUCUACAUGUUCAUCCGACGAUGGAUCCCUGACUUCGAGUGUUUCGACCAUCGACGACCUUGACGAGGACGACUUCGUCAUCGCAGACGACGAGAUCCCCCCCGCUCAGGAGCCAGUUAUGUAUGAUCCAGAGGAACCCAAAGUUAUGUUUCCACAGGAAUUUGUGCCACAGUACUCCGGACCUACUGUUGAGCCUUGUCAGCCUUGCCAACCCUGCGCAGUCCAAGUUCCUGUGCAGGCCAGUUGCGCACCAACCAAAUUCGUCUUUCCGUAUUUUUGGGAAGUAGUGAAUAGGUACACCCAACCCGCUCCCAUACACCAUUCUAUUCCUUUCCACCCACAGGUUCCUCUUUUCUCCAACUUCUAGGGCUGCUAUUAGCUACACUGGGAUCAUGCGUAACUGUACUCCCUAUCCUGGGGGGCGCCUUUACCCAAGGUCGCGUUGCUUCUAUUGCCAUGUUUCUGGGAUAAAUUAAAGGUCACGAGUAUUAUGCCACGGACAACCCGGCCACGGGUCAGGACAGGACCCUCCAAAAACACACUUAAGGAUUUACUUCGACAAAAAUAUUUCAACUUGAUAUUACGUUAUAAUGCACAAAAAUUCCAUUGGAUCUUUUACAGGAAUAUAACCGGAAAUCUAUACCCGAAAAUGGAGCCUAAAAAGGUCGCGCG